AUGAAUAAUCGCAACAUUCGUGGAGUCCCCAAUGGCUCUCCCCAAGCUCCUUCGCAGUUACCUAAUGCUGCUCAGGUCGACCUCUCGCAGUGCUCUCCAGCCCAGAUUGAUCAUAUUCUUAGCUAUCUCAGCCAGGCGACUAUCUCUUCAGAGCAACCUGCUGCCAGCGAUCACCCUCCUGCUGGCAGCCAGCUAGCUGUCGUUGCACCUCCAGUCACUCGAUAUCAAAGCCGUCGUAGCACUGUUCCUGUUGCAUCAUCGUCAGCCCUUAGUAUCCCGACAGCCUCUUCGUCGUCGCAUCCAGUCUCAUUGGGGCAGCCAUCCCUCGGCUUCCCCGCUGCUCUUGUGGCAGGAUCUACUGCUGCUCCCUCGCUUACUCAACCGUUCCUUGGUUUCAAUGCAACCCAGGCACCAGGCACGUCACAGCGAGUGAACGUCGCGAGGCGCGCAUCUGCAGCUCGCACCUUAGGUCCAGCUAGCUCGAGUCGUGGGCAGCGACAGACACGAUCAGUGGCUUCAAGCUCCCGAUCGCGACAGAGCCAGGCCUCUGCUGCACCACCUGGGACACAGCAAGAGGUCGCCCAGCAGUGCCUGACGAACGAUGGGUGCUUGAGCAUCCUCGCUCAUAUUUAUCCACCGAACAUCGACGAGGAUGCCUCAACUUUGCUCCCUCUGUUCCAGUUCCAUUACUCGUCGAUGUUCGAUAUGCUCAACUCUAUCGGCCUUGCACGAAGAUACGAGUGCACCUUCGAGACAUCUGUUGUCAGUCUCAUCGAACAGAUCAUCACCGACCUCAGGAACUCGCAGUUUCGGUACGAGUUUGUGCAGGAGCCAGGCCAGUUGCAGCAUCGCCAUGAGCACCUGGAGGUGCAGCUUCUCGGUCUUCAUAACAAGGGCACCCCGAGUGCUCGGGAUGGACAUUCGUACCUUCGCCGACACCCGAUCUCACCAGAGAUGACUGUCGCCAACAUGGCUAAUCGCUCUUAUGUUCAUCAAUUCUGCAAACCUCGGCUGUGUAUUAAGGGCAAUUCCCUUGCUGUGUACUUCGUCAUUGCUCGUUGCCCAGUCUCGCUGUGUCUGCCAGAUGCACCACCAGGCAGUUUUCCUCGCCCACACACCUGUGUCUCGGAGCACUUCUACAAUGUUCUACCUCGUGAUAACAUGAACCCAGGGCUCGUGCCCGAGGUUCACGGGGUUCAUUGCGAGUCGUGUAUCGUAGAUUCGAGUGCUGCUGACGAGGAGGUUGAAGAAGUCCUAGGCCCAACUCCUCCCACGAGCCCAAGGCUGGGCAUGUUUAUGAUCGACGACUCUCCUCCAGCAUUAUCACAGUUCCGACCUUCGCGAGCAGAACAGAAUCGUCUCCCUCGGGUUGCAAGCGAAGAAACACCAGAUCGCCUGCCAUCGUUGUACCACAGCCAUCGGCUUCGGCGAGAAGGCACACAGCCUAGCUUUUUCCUUUCGCUGGUACCUCCUCGUCUGCCCUGGUCGGUUCCAUUUGAGCCAUCCCUGGGGCCAUACAGCCCUGCCCGGCCAUGCCAGUCGCUCGCAGAGUUCAGGAAUGCUGUCUUCGGGGCUGCUUGUUCUGGCGACGAAGCCCCUCCUGACCUGCAAGUCCAGGGCACUGAUACAUCGCACUGUGCAGUUGUCUUCGAGGACAUGCUCGGUCAGGCUGCAGCUGGCCAUGAUUUCUCAGAAAUCCUCUCUAAAGAUCGUUCAUUCCGAGUGGUACAGGCUCUUUCAGAUGGGCACUCGAUUACAGUAUCCUCAGGAGAUGGCUUGGAACGACAGACUAUCACGAUCCUACUCGCCGGCUUCAAACAAUAUCUGUCGUCGUUUUUCACAGCACGACUUGGCGAGAGAUCACAAGUUCUCGCCUGUCCUCCCUUGCGAAGCUUUGAUCAAUCUCGCAGACAACGACUCGCAAUUCUUGGAGCGAUCACAGGGAUAUCUCUUGUCAAUGGGCUGGCUGUCCCAGGUAUCGAUGGAGCUUGGCUCAUCUACCUCCUGAAUGGCUGCGAGUUUGCAGCGAUCACGAGGGAGGUCAUGGAAGCUUUCCACCCUCGUCUUGCUGCGAAAAUCGUUGAGCUAGACAACAUGGGCCCAACUGACGACCUCACACCACUCGCACACCAUCUUGAGGUCUAUGCUGGAAUUGAUGUCGCCCACUAUGCAAAUCGGGAUGCCGAAAGUCAUGCUGCCCUUGCCCCGAUUCUGCUGUAUCGAGCCUUGCUAGGAAGUGAUGCUGUCGUAUCGCAUGCAGACACACGAGCCUUUCUUUCGGGCUUCAACCUGCCCUGUGCAAAUGGUCUUACCCUGUCCAAGGCUGCACAGGCAUUCGCUGGUGGACCGACUGCUCUCGUCAUUGAAAGCUACUCGACACGAAUCACUGGGUAUGCCAUGCUGCAAGACAGCCUCGAUAUCCUCGUCAAGCACUCGGUUUCGCUGCCAGUUCGUUUGAUCCCAACUGCCGACUCAGGUCCCAUGAAGCUCGCCGAUGUUCUCAGGGGCUUCCUGAAGCGAACUGGGAUCCCUUGUCGUGCAUCGUUCGAGAGAAAGCGAGCUGCAGGCCUGUUUGAGUCUGAACUGGUUGAGCUGGGCGAGAUUGACUCUCCGAGCUUCCGACCUCGUAUGCUUGCGAUUGCUGCGACAGGCUCUGAUUCGAUCGUCAGCAGUGAACCCAUCCAGAUCACCUUUGUCGGUGACAACGACAGCGACUACAUCUGUCCUACGAACACUCGGAGGUAUUGUCUGGAGCAGGGUAUCGUCAGCUGGCAGACCUGCUUCAACUCAGGAACGAUCCCGACAGGGUAUCUGGCCCAACUCGUACGACAGACGUAUGGCUCUGUGGACGAGUCGCCGUUCACAGAGGAGGAAGAUGUGAGUCUCCUGCCAGUGACUCCCAUCACAGAGUUGAGCACCGCCGAGUCUGCGACGCCGGUACCAUCGUCGCCAAGUUCCGAGUCCAUCACACCGACACCGUCGACGGUCUCCCUUCCUCCGAGUGUUCCUUCGCCUACCCCUAUCUCGACUGCAGUACCGCUCCCAACGGUAACGCUCUCCCGCACGGCGGUGCUCGCCGCGCUUGCUCCGCCCCCACUGCCAACCGGCGUGCUCCGGACCGACGCGUCUGCGCCCCGCGAAUGCGACGCGUCGCCUCCCUUCGAACGCGCGCGCUCGCACCUGCCCACGCGCGUGCGUUUUGCGGCUGUGCCCGCCGCCCUCACUCCACCCUCGCGCGCCCGUCGAACGCACGCACCUACCGCCGUCUUUCGCGCGCACGCGCGUACGUUCCGCGUCGCCGACCCUCCUCGAACCCCGUCUCCCUCGCGCCCCGCCUUCCACGGUACCGCCUACGGAUCCGCUCGAGCGAACGGCCCGCAAGUGGCGUACCGAGCUGUGCGAAACCGCACGCUCGGUACCGGUAGCCGCUCUGCCGUUCUCAGUUCAAGGCCCGAGGUCGAGCCGCCGCGCCCUCUGAGCGAUGAUGAGCCCGACGCGUCGGCGCGUACGGUCCAGCGCACCCGCAAGUCCGACGUACAGGUCGCCUCGAUGCGUGCAAGAGCAAACGCGGCCGACGGCCCGCGCACCGCGCACUCGAACAGCGCGACUUGCGACUGCGAGACUGUCUCGCAAGGCGCGUCGAUCAGUCGACCAGCCCCAACGAGCGCGCGGGACAUCCAUCGCGAAGGGACGGGUAGAGAGGUUGGCAGGGAGGAGAUGGCAUCGGUGAGUACCUUGAACCCCCACCCUCCAGCCUCUCCUCUGCCCUCGUGCUACGCGCGCUCGCCAUCUCCCAUUGCUCCCGUCCACGUCGAACGCGCACGCUCGCAUCCGCCGUCUCCAGCGCGCCCACUCCAGCGGUCUCCUGCGCGCUCGCACCCGCCCCUGCGCGAACGUUUUGCGGCUCUUCCCCCCGCGCUCGCCCCGCUCUCUGCGUGUCUACCCCCUACUCACGCCAUCGGCUAUCUCAACGGUGUCCUCCAUUUCUAUGAGCGCAUCUGUUUUCGAGCCGCGACCCCUUUGAUGCCUUCGCCGACCAUUAGACUGAUAUCUCCGCGUGUCGUUCCUUUGCCUCCAUCACCGGCUCCGAGUCUUGUACCCCCCGCUCCGACCAUGAGUGUCAGCGUCACUACACCACGGGGAGAUAUACCAUCGAUCACUAUGGAGACUAAACUUUCCGAGGCUCCGGGCACCAUCCUGGCACACGGCGUCACCUGUCUUUUGCAAUAUCUCAAUGACAUCGAUACUCAACCGUGA